GGAGCAGCGCACUCCAGCGGGGUGGAAAGAAUACCCACACAAUACCGCAGCCUUUGCACAAUCUCCUGCACUCGGGCUGAGCAAAUGCUACGCUAAAGGUCGCUCUCUCUCUCCAUCUCGACCUACUGACAGCUAGACGUAUUUUUCCUUAAAAGCCCCUUCGUGGUGGGGCGCUGUUUUGUCUUCCGUGAAAUACUACGCUAUGUACGUGUGUACCCCGUGAGAAAAGACUGCGUACUUCCAUUGAUGUUCACAUAGCAAGCUACAAUCAGCGGUAUCAGCUGAGCAUCUGUCACUCUCACAUCUCCAAGAAGACAGAGAUCAUCAGCGUCUUGUGAUUGUGAAGAAAAUCAGUGAUUUACGUCUUCUGAGGAAAUCACAGCCAUCCACGAAGCCUGUUUAUAUCGACUGGGCAUCCAGACAACCCGAUGCAUAGUGCUACUCAAAGGCGCCAUUGGUAAAAUUCAUCUCUAUAGGAAGGCUGAACGCUGAGCAGUGAUCUUUAUUCAUCUUCGCGUGUGGAGGAAUCCCCCUUUCAUAGGAGUGAUGACGUCAUCAAACGUACCCAGCAUGCACUCGCCGACGCUGAGUGAAGAGGAGACGGAGGGGUCGGACAAGGAGGAGGAGGAGGAGGAGGAGUCUUCUCCGACCGCAUCCACACGCACCGGGCAUCCUCCAGUCACUCCGGCAAAGAGGAGUCUCACGAUUUUACCAUGUUUCAUUUUUGUCGAGUGCGUUGUGCUAGGUGGCGUUGGCGCACUGAUGUACUUCCUGCAGUUCACCAACUUCUUCCCGCCGGUCAAGCAAGGUUUUUACUGCAAUGAUAAAGACUACAGCAAACCCUACGUUCAGACGGAGACCAUCCCACCGUUGAUAAUGUACGGAGUGGCUGCUGGUCUGCCCACCAUUGUGAUUAUCCUAGGCGAGACCUUCCGGAUGAUUUUCCAGAAAGCGUCGACAAGUCAGGACCCUCCGGAGCGCACUAUCCGUUCCGGAAAAUGUCACGUGACGUCCUGGAUGCGUAGAGUUUUCAGAUUCAUUGGUGUCCACCUGUUCGGUGCCUGUUCGACAGUAGUGCUUGCCAACGUGCUGCAGAUGAUGAGCGGCAGGCUGACCCCGUAUUUCCUGACGGUGUGCCUGCCUGAUUACAGCCAAGUCCAGUGCCAAGAAAACCCGUUUGUCGUGACCGACAUCUGUACAGGCACCGACGAAACCAUCCAACAGGCCAGGAAGUCCUUCCCCAACAUGCCCACAGCGCUUGGAGGAUACGCGACAGUUUACUUGGCGUGGUACCUCCAGGUGACGCUGAGAGUGAGCGGGACCCGGCUGCUGAAGCCACUGCUGGUGCUGGGUGCUGCCGGGGCGGCCCUGAUGAACGCCGUGAUCCAGGUAGCCGACUAUCGGUGCCACCUGACCGACGCCGCCGUGGGGUUAGUGCUCGGUGCAGCGGUGGCAACUUACCUGGUUUUCGCCAUCGUCAACUGUUUUAAGCCGCUAAGGUCACGUGACGAGCUGCUCCAGUUCCUGGACACGGACAGUGACGUCACCAGUACCAUCAGCCCCAGCACCAUGACCCCCUCCAAACCCCUGGCCUUACCUCGCCCCAGCGUCAGGCACCCCCACAACGACUCCAAUCAUGACGUCAGCAAUUCCAACGUCAACGAUUGGCGGAAAGGAGUGGCCAAUGACAGACGACCUCUGAGAUCGGAGGAAAACUACAUUACCAGAACGACGUCGGUGUAUAACCCAGCUUAUACGCCGUAAAUAGCGUAGUGAUGAUAUAUAAACUUUCGUGUGUACGCAUAUCUGUACGUAGAUUUUAGGGGAUAUAGAAGAAUAUGAAACGGUACGGGCAUUGGGCGCCUCUCUCAUUUUUAUCUAUUUCAGUAUUCAAUAGAUAUUUGCCUAGGUUACUUAAUUAUGGUACCCUUACAUUGUACGAGAUCUCCGAGCAGAUGUAGACAGGCAGAAUCGUAACGUGUCUUAAGCUGCCUGUUCCAUUGGACACCAGGCUUUUCUCCGGUGGUGGAUGGAUACUUUCCUUGACCAAGUCUACUGCCUUGGCCGAUAUGACGAUUUAGCCACUGGAAGCUAAGAUCUGCCUGGAGAUUGCAUUAUACGCACAUUGCAUAGUCAAAAAAAUAUACGUGACGGUAUUGACAGCUACAAAUCAAUAAAAAAUCAUAGACAGAAAAACAGUAAUAGUUACUAAUAUAGCGACUAACGCCGCCAAGUUGUUAAUGGACUUCAGCGUUCAGUGCCAUCUCAUGCUUACACAUACAAGACUAAAGACUUUCUAGCGAACAAAAAAAAUAGUACGAAUUUUCAGAUAUUGCUUGUAAUAAACAUUCAAACAAUCCCUAUGAUCAGUCUAUUUGGACACAAACGUGAUUUUGAAGCGCGAGGAUUAUUUUUGUGUGUGUAGGUGCAAUCUUAGAAUAUUCGAAUGAGUUAUUUUCCAUAUGCAUGUUUUAAUGAGAUUCAUUUAUGCAGGGUACUAGUGUGUCUUUCAUUGCGAAUAUAUUUGAAUAUCUGGUAUUUAUGAUGUUGUAGCUAUCAUUAUUUGCAACAUAUGUUCACCGACAGAAAUCGUGUUUUAUGCCUGACUGUACUUGAUUGAAGCAAUGUUUAGAUAUAGUUUCCGAAAUCACCUGACAGAUAUUCUCGUUCCCAGGUUGGGGACACAUUCAGCCCCCCUCCCCGAGCGUUACGUGUUAUUACCCAGCAUGCUUGUCGUGUCGAAUCGUGGUACAGAUGUUGUAGCACAUUGUGUGUCGUUUUACACGGUCUAUCGCCAUCUUACAAUAAAGCAUAGUUGACUUGUAAA